AUGCCUGGACCCAGCAAACGAACCCGACAAGAUCCAGAAACACCGACCCGUCGAAGGACACCGCGUCCGACUCCCCCUCCUACCCCCCUCACCCGUUCCAACUCCCAGCUGACCAUCCCCACGCGUCGUUCGCUGGGGUCCCAUGCCAGCUUACCGAGUCCGGGCGUCUUUGGAGGUGGAACGCUGGUCAGAACGAUGAGUCAACCUGCCAUCCUGCUCACCAAGCCGGACUUCUCCAAAGAUGACGUCCCACUUCAUCCUGGGAAGGAGAAUAUUCCGCCGAGAAAGGAUUCCGAGUCUUCUUCACGGCGCAAACGGAUACGUGUCGCUCCUCGCCCACGUAGCGGUAGUGUGUCAUCACGACAGAGUGAUAGCCGCAUCUCCUCCACGCCAUCUUUCCUCUCCUCGCGUUUCUCAUCCCCCGCUCCCUCGUCCUUCACCUCCUCGUCUGACCUCGACCAACCAUGCGACACGCCGAGGUCACCUCGUCUCGCGCUUCCCACUCCCCCACCGUCCAGUCCCUGUGAAAUCGAUCUCGAACCCAUCAAUCUCGAUGCCAAUCCCUACAAGGCGAUCAAGUCUCGGCUCCGAUUGUCCAACGCGUCAGGCAUCAUCGGUCGCCAAGAGGAGCAAAAGGCGAUUCGAGAAUAUGUCGCCAGCACAUACAAGCUCGACGUGGGCAUGUACGUAUCGGGACCACCUGGAACCGGCAAGACUGCCACGGUCAAUGCCAUGGCGCGUGCUCUCGGCAACGAAGGGUGGCGCCCCAUCGAAGUCUGCUGCAUGGGUCUCAAGGCCAAUGACCUCUGGAUGCACUUUGCCCAGGCUAUGGGCUGCGACAAUGCGGAGAACGUGGUGAUCGCCGCGUUGCAGAACACGCGCGAGCCUCUUCUCGUGAUUCUCGAUGAAAUCGAUUCCGUCAUGCCACCCGCCCCCGCAGUAGCCCCACCUGCCAUCUCCCACCUCUUGUCAAAGAUCUUCUCCCUGCCCACGACGACUGAUGGCCGCGUCAAGGUCAUUGCCAUUUCCAACACGCUCGACCUCACUCUGCGCGCCCGACUUGUCCUUCCCGACGGUGCCACCCCGUCCGUUUUGCCGUUCAAGGCGUACGGAGGGCAAGACAUGAUCCCGAUCGUCAGCUCGCGCAUCGGCGACAGUAUCGAUCCCAAAGCACUCGAGCUCUUAUCCAAAAAGGUCGAAGCUCAGAAUGGGGACUUGCGCAUGUGCCUUUCUGUCCUGACGUCGGCGGUCUCGCUCGCCGAAGCAGAAUGGCUUAAAAAGGAUACAUUUGUCAAGGUAUCUCUCGCCCAUAUCAUCAAGGCGUUCACGACCUAUACUCUGCGCGCAGCUGCUGGAUCUAGUGCGACAGUCGACACGGUGACUGGCAAAAAGGUCCGAUCCGUCCCGCUACAGGGCAAAAUGGUGCUGGUCGCCAUUCUCAUCGCUCAGGGGCCCCUUUCCACGACGUCACUCUACACCACCUAUGUGUCCCUGCUAUCUCACCAUUCAAGCCCGUACCCGCCGAGCUCAGAGUCCGACUAUCAGGACUUGCUGUCAAAUCUCGAGGUACUCGGUCUGAUCACGUGUGGACCGAGCCGCAAGCUGACACUAUGUUGUCGUGAAGAGGAGAUACGAGAUGGUCUAGGGCUUAACAGUGCGAAGCGUGGUCUUGCAGAGGAUGUAGUCGCCAAGAUCUGGGAGAGAGAGCAAGCCAGGUUGCGAAGGGCUUCGGGGGUUGCAGACUUGUAG